AGAAACUGAGUCGGUAACGCUCUGCGUCUGCGCGCAGUUGAAACAAGUUAAGGAGACCCACCAGAAGAAACCCCAUUUCAGUGCAGUGCUCAAGAGGGUAACUAGCAAAUAAAAUUAAAAAAAAAAGCCCUAGAAGGCAGUGACUAAAACCCAUUGUUGGCCGCCGUUAGUGUGUUGUGUUCAAUAAAAGCUGAUAAGUUAAUAGCACCACAAGUUUUUUUAUAUCUUCUUCGGACCAUUGAGCAAUUUUCCUCGAGGCAUUUUCGAAAAGGAAUAAACAAUUAAUUCAAUAUUUAAAGCAUAAAAGGAAACCAGACACCAAACCACUGGACUCAACGAUCUCCAUCACCAUGUCCGCCAGCCACUCUGCCUGCGAUUGCUUGGUGAGCGUGCCCACUGGACCCACCCUCGCCUCGACAUGUGGUGGCAGUGCCUUCAUGCUUUUCAUGGGCCUCCUGGAGGUAUUUAUCCGCUCUCAGUGUGAUCUUGAGGAUCCCUGUGGUCGGGCCAGUUCACGGUUUCGAUCGGAGCCGGACUAUGAGUACGAUUUCAUUGUCAUUGGCGGUGGCUCAGCGGGCUCUGUGGUGGCCUCUCGACUCUCCGAGGUGCCCCAAUGGAAGGUGUUAUUGAUCGAAGCCGGUGGCGAUGAACCUGUAGGUGCCCAGAUUCCCUCCAUGUUCCUCAACUUUAUUGGCAGCGACAUCGACUAUCGAUACUCCACGGAACCGGAGCGAAUGGCCUGUCUGUCCUCGAUGGAGCAGCGCUGCUAUUGGCCACGUGGCAAGGUCCUAGGUGGAACCUCGGUACUGAACGGCAUGAUGUAUGUUCGCGGCAAUCGCGAGGACUACGACAACUGGGCAGCCCAGGGAAAUCCUGGAUGGUCCUACGACGACGUCCUGCCGUUCUUUAAGAAGUCAGAGGAUAACCUGAACCUAGAUGAAGUCGGCACGGAAUAUCAUGCCAAGGGAGGUCUGUUGCCAGUGGGCAAGUUCCCGUACAAUCCACCUCUAUCUUAUGCCAUUCUCAAGGCCGCCGAGGAAAUGGGUUUCUCUGUGCACGAUCUCAAUGGAAAGAACUCCACCGGUUUCAUGAUUGCUCAGAUGACUGCCCGUAAUGGCAUCAGGUAUAGCUCAGCUAGGGCUUUCCUGCGACCGGCUCGCAUGCGUAACAACCUGCAUAUUCUGCUGAACACCACGGCAACCAAGAUCCUCAUCCAUCCCCACACCAAGAAUGUCUUGGGUGUGGAAGUUAGCGACCAAUUUGGCAGCACGCGAAAAAUCCUGGUGAAGAAGGAAGUAGUCGUAAGUGGUGGAGCCGUCAACUCUCCUCAACUCCUACUGUUGAGUGGUGUGGGUCCCAAGGAUGAACUGGCGCAGGUGAAUGUGAGAACCGUGCACCAUCUUCCAGGUGUCGGCAAAAACCUCCACAACCAUGUGGCCUUCUUUACGAGCUUCUUCAUUGACGAUGCGGAUACAUCACCAUUGAACUGGGCUACAGCUAUGGAGUACUUGUUGUUCCGAGAUGGUCUCAUGUCUGGCACUGGCGUCUCGGAUGUGACAGGAAAAAUAGCCACACGAUGGGCCGAUAGUCCGGAUCUUCCAGAUCUCCAGAUUUACUUUGGUGGAUAUCUGGCCAAUUGUGCUCGUACAGGACAGGUUGGCGAAUUGCUCUCCAAUAACUCCCGGGCCAUACAGAUCUUCCCGGCUGUUUUGAAUCCCCGAUCUCGAGGAUUCAUUGGACUACGCUCCGCAGAUCCUCUAGAGGCGCCGCGUAUUGUGGCCAAUUACUUGACCGACGAACGGGAUGUGAAGACCUUAGUGGAGGGUGUCAAGUUCGCUAUUCGCAUAUCCCAGACAUCGCCGAUGAGACAGUAUGGCAUGCGAAUGGACAAGACGGUGGUCAAAGGAUGCGAGAAGCUCACCUUUGGCAGUGAUGCCUACUGGGAGUGCGCUAUUAGGCAGAACACGGGUCCGGAAAAUCACCAGGCGGGCUCCUGCAAAAUGGGUCCCAGCAGCGAUCCAAUGGCCGUCGUCAACCACGAAUUAAGGGUCCAUGGCAUUCGUGGACUCCGCGUCAUGGACACCAGUAUAAUGCCGCAGGUCACCUCUGGUAAUACCCACGCUCCUGCCGUGAUGAUCGCCGAAAAGGGCGCCUACCUGCUGAAGAGGGCCUGGGGCGCCAAGGUCUGACGCGUGGAUGCGACGUGGACGUUGCAUAGAGUAAUUUAAUCAGAAUCCAAGCAAAAAUUACUGCGAUUAAAAUUUUAAGCGAAAUUACACUUAAGGCCUCUUAAAUCGAAAACUAAUCCAUUCUAUGUACUAUCUUGGUAUAAUCUAAUUUAAUCCGAUCCAAUCCCAUCCGAAGGUUUCUCACUCUAGGCACACCGCGUUGCGCGAGCUCCAUUAAUGUUCUCUAUAAGUUAACUACUGUGACCCACUGAAUAUGCAGUCGAACUUCUUUAACUUAACUUUUAACUACAUCAAAAUCAAUUAAAAGCCAAUAAAAAAUAAUAAAAUUUAUGUUCGGUUUGAUAUUUUUUUACGUUUUAAAUUUAAUUAAAACUUUUCAUUUUAUCUAUUUUAUUGAAAGCUUCAAAAUUGUUAAUACACUUCGAGUUAGAGAAGUUCGGCUAUAUAGAUUUUGUUUAACGUUCGCUUUGUAAUAUUGACCAUUAAGUUGGCCAAUUAAAAAAUACACUUAUACCACGUAAUUGAUGUCAAUUUUGCGUGUCCGUUCUAAACAACUAUAUUUUAACUAUAUAACUCUUGUGACCCAUUGACAAUGUAAAUUUCGAUUAACGUUCAUUUAGCAAUUUAUUGGAUGAAUGUUGUCCUAUAUUUCUGUAUACGCGUAUAUUGCAUGUAUUUAUUGUUCGAUUAAAGUGCAACAAUUUAGUUUAA